AUGUGCAUAGAACUUCAUGACUCUCCAAAUGAUGCUCUCACAAACACGGCGAACAUUUCCAAAACCCACCGGACUUCCUGUAAGAAGUGUGGCAAGCACCAAGCCCACAAAGUGACACAGUACAAGAAGGGCAAGGAUUCUCUGUAUGCGCAGGGAAAACGGCAUUUUGACAGGACGCAGAGUGGUUAUGAUGGGCAGACCAAGCCGAUUUUCCACAAAAACGCUAAAACUACAAAGAUUGUCCCGAGGCUUGAAUGUGUUGAGUCCAACUGCAGAUCUAAGAGAAUGAUGGCUAUGAACAGAUGCAAGCAUUUUGAACUGGGAGGAGAUAAGAAGAGAAAGCCCCAAGUGAUCCAGUUCUAG